ACCUCUAGUUCUAUGUUAGGCGGCACGUGUUGAGUGCGCAUUGAAUUUUAUUAUUUGUGAAUUUUUCAGUUUGAUAAAUAAAAAUGAAGUUAGCAACAAAAAAAGUUAAAAGUCUAGACAGCAAAAAACCCAAAAACGCUGCCAUCAAAAAGAAGAAAGUGUCAGAAAAGCCCAAAUUGCCAAAAGUGGCAAAGAAAGCCGUCAAAGAUGAGGAGAAGCGACCGAAGAAGCAGAAGGCGGCAAAGAAGUCACACAAAAAGGAUUUGGAGGGCCUAAAGGACAUAGAUCCCGAGUUCUAUGACUUUCUUAAAAAGAACGACAAGGAACUCUUGGAUUUUAAUUUGAUGGACAGCGAUGACGACGAAGAAGACCAAAAUGAGGCAGAGCAAAAAGACGAUGGUGCAGAAAGUGAAGAGGAUGAAGAGAAAUAUCACAAGCCCAGCAAUGAUCUGGAGGUAGCCAGUGAUGAGAGUGAUUUCGAAGGCGAUGAUGAUGAUGAAGACGUGGCAGCCGGAGGCGUGCAGAAAAUCACGCUCAAUCUCUUGCGACAAUGGGAACUGCAGCUGAGCAAACCCACUGUGCCAAUUGAAACAGUGCGUCAGGUGAUUCAAGCCUUCAACUCAGCUCUGGCUAGCAUCAGUGCGGACAAUGAAGGCGAAAAGGCGAAUACGGCUGCAUAUAAGGUGGUCGGUGCCGCCGCCUUCAAUGGUGUUAUCCAAUUGUGUGUGAUACAUCUACAGCCGGCAAUCAUCAAUGUGCUGGGCGUGAAACCAAACAGCAGUCUGCCGCUACACAAGCACAAAAAGUGGGUGAAGGUGCGUGGAUGUCUGCGUUACUAUCUCUCUGAUUUGAUACGCCUGGUGGAGCAAAUAUCCAGCUCAAAUAUUCUUAAUGUGCUGCUCAAGCAUCUGCAUCAAAUGGCCGGCAUGGUGGCACCUUUUACUGCGCUCGGCAAAACCAUACUGAAGCGUCUGAUUGUGCUCUGGGCCACUGGCGAUGAGACGGUGCGUGUGUUGUCCUUCUUGUGCAUCCUCAAGAUUACACGCAAGCAGCAGGCCACUAUGCUGAACCAUGUGCUGAAAGCCAUGUAUCUCGCUUACGUCAGGAAUUCAAAGUUUGUUUCGCCCAACACGUUGCCAGGCAUCAAUUUCAUGCGUCGCUCGCUUGUGGAGAUGUUUGCACUGGACUUGAACGUCAGCUAUCAGCACGCUUUCCUCUACAUACGUCAGCUGGCCAUUCAUUUGCGUAAUGCCGUUAUCCUCAAGAAGAAGGAUAGCUUCCAGGCAGUGUACAAUUGGCAGUACAUUAAUUCGUUGCGUCUAUGGGCGGAUUUACUUGGAGCCAGCACAAAUAAGCCACAGCUGCAGCCGCUGGUUUAUCCACUUGUUACUAUCACAACAGGUGUCAUCCGCUUGAUACCAACAGCGCAGUAUUUCCCACUGCGUUUCCAUUGUCUGCAGUCGCUCAUCUCGCUGGCCAAGGAGACAAACACCUAUAUUCCGAUCUUGCCACUAAUUGUGGAAGUUUUGCGCAGCAAUACCUUCAAUCGCAAACACACCGCGGUAUCCAUGAAACCACUGCAAUUCACUUGCAUUUUGCGUUUGAACAAAGCACAGCUAGCGGAGAAUGGUUUUCGGGAUGAAGUUGUGGAGCAAGUGUGUGGCCUGCUGUUGGAAUAUCUAGCUCACGAGUCUGCCACCUUGGCUUUCAGCGAUCUUGUGGUGCCAGUUGUGGUGGCUCUCAAAGCGUAUCUCAAGGAGUGCCGUAAUGCCAACUACACGCGGAAGCUGAAGCAACUGCUGGACAAGAUUCAGGAGAGCAGUCGUUUCAUUGAGCAGCAGCGCAGCAAGAGCAGUGUCAACUUUGAUCUGAAGAACGCGCAAGCGGUGCAGGCCUGGGAGCAACAGGUGCGCAACAAACGCACCCCAUUGGAUAUCUACUAUGCAAGCUGGCUGAAGACACACGAGACCAAGAAGCGACGCCAGGCGGCACAAACAGAUGAUAUUAAUGCAGACUACGAUAUACCCAAGCUGAAGAAACCGGCGGCUAAGUCUGGUGUGCCAGUGCGCAACGAACAGGGCGAAGUGGAGUUGUUCCCAUCAGACUCUGAAGAUGAGGCAAUGGAUAUACCCAAAGAUGAUGACGACGAGGAAGAGGAGGAGGUGCAACCACAGCCGAAACAACCCAAACGUAAGGAGGACAAAAAGAAGCGCAAGAGCGAAAAGUCGCAAGAAUCUGCUGUCGAGGAGGCAGGUGAUGAUUACGAUGAAGCUGCAACUGCUGUGGAUAUUGUUAAGGAUUUGGAUUUGGAUGAUUGGUGAACACACUGAUGUUAUUCUAGUAUAACCACAUAAACUAGCAAUACGUAGAUUUACCAGGAAUCGAAAAUGAUUUGAUUUUUUAAUAAAGAAAUCAUAAUAGACUUAAAC